AGGACCACGCCCACCAAGGCCAGCAGAGCCGCAGCCCACCCUGGAGCAGUCUGAGCCAGUCCCCUCCCAGCUCAGGCCCUGGCCUUGAGGGGCGGGCAAUGGAGCGGAUGGCCGCCUCUCCCCCACGGACACCCAGUUUCAUUCGUGCAGCGAUCGCACCCGUCCCUGGCCCUGGGGCAGACUGGCUGAGGCCCUGGAUGCGCUGAAGGCUCCUGCCCAGCAGCUCCUGCCUCCUUCCGUGAGAGGGCAGGACUCCCAGCUCCGCCUUAGCUGCCUGGCAACAGCUCAGCGACUCGGGCCAAGGACACUAUGGCGGGUGGCAGCCCUGCCACCAAGAGGGUAAUGGUGUAUCGGAACAGGGACCCCUUCUCUCCAGGCCGCCGGCUAGUGGUGAAUCAGCGCUGCUUCGCCACCAUGGAGGCCUUCCUCUGUGAGGUGACGUCGGUGCUGCAGGCCCCGCUGGCUGUACGCGCCCUCUACACUCCUUGCCACGGCCACCCUGUCACCACCCUGGCAGACCUGCGGGAUGGAGGGCAGUAUGUGGCUGGGGGGUUUUCCACCAGCCCCGGUGAGUGGGGGGCCGCAAUAGCAGCAGUGCACUCCUUACCCCUUGGAGGGAAGGACCCCGGAGGGAAGAGCAGCAGAGGACAAGGUCCUCCUGUGACUGGCCGCCCAUGUGAUGGGGCCCCUGGACAGUGGCUGCCUGCAGGCGUGCCCUGCCGUAUUCACGUGUUCAGGAAUGGGGACCUGCGAAGCCCCCCGUUUAGUCUGAAGCUGUCCCGGGCCACCCAGCAGGACUGGGAAGCCAUGCUGAAGCUCCUGACUGAGAAGGCCCUGCUGCAGAGCGGGGCUGUACGCAAGCUCUGCACCCUGGAGGGGCUGCCACUGUCCAGAGGAGAGGCCCUGGUGAGCGGCCAUUACUACGUGGCUGUUGGGGAGGAGCAGUUCAAGGCUCUCCCCUAUCUGGAGCUGCUGGUGCCCAGCCCCGCCAUGCCUGGGGGCUGCUGGUAUGUGUGGGAGCAGCAGAGGAUGCCACCUCUGGGUGCCACAUUUGACACUGUGUCCUCUGCCCACUGCAGCCUUCCCCUCUUGGUUGCAGGCAUCGCCCAGGCCCGAGGACCAGGCCCCGCAGGCAGGGGGGACUCGUGGUGUGAACAGCAGCCAGUGGGCCGCUGUCGUGGCACAGUGGUCAUGCAAGUGGCCUCUCGAGACCGGAAGUUGGCAGCCAAAGGCAGAGGCGAGGCAUAUCCAGGGCCGCCCUGUGCUGCCUUCCUCCUGCAAAGGGCAGCGCGGGCGCUGGAGGUGGCCCUGCACCCACAGAGCCAGCCUGGCCUCGGGCUGCUGUCAGCCUCAGGCCCCUGCUCCGCCAUCUUGAAGCAGAAGCCAAUGACAGACAGCGGGGACCACCCCUCUGCAGCCACCUUUUGUCCUGGGCUCCCAGCCUGUUCCUGAGCUGGCACCUCCCCUGGA